AUGCGAUCCAUGUCCAUGGCCCCUACGCUAGCUCCAAAACAGCUUGAACGAUUAUACCUAGACCAUUCCGGUCCUCUGUCCGGUCCUCUGUCCGGUCAUCUGUCCGCUCCUCUCCUUGCCGAUCCCUCGUCCGCUCUGCGCAAGAAGAUCGCCGUGUGA